AUGAUGAUGAGGCUCUCGGUGUCCGAGUACUUCGCGGCGCAACGCCUGAAGCGCAGCUCGCAGCGCGCAAGCCCCAGCUCUCCUCGAGCACCAACCCGCCAGAUCAUGGACCCUAGGGAACUCUUUGGUGAAGAGGGCGAGGUGGACGAGUCCAUGGAGCGUUCUCCCAACCGAGGAGAUGCGUCCCCACCCACGCGACGCUCCCCGAGCCGUGGCGACGCUUCGCCCACACCGUCGACACGCCGUGCAGAAGGCUCGCCGGCCCCAGGUGGCUCUCCGAGCCGUCGCGAUCAAGAGCGUCCCGCGCACACGUCUCCUGUGCGCUCCCCGAGCCGUCUCGCCACUGAGCGCACUGCGCCAUCGAGGGAGGAGCCGCGACCACCGCUGCGCACUCCGAAUCCGUUCCCCGAACGCUCGUCUGGUCUCUACGAGCUGCGCGCGCUCACUGAGCCACGGUACUCACCGCCUCGUGGCGAGGACGUGCCCCUGGGCCCCGUCAUCUCCAACCCUUUGGACGAGGCUCAGUCCGAGUAG